GCAGUCUUGAAGCAAUGUGGUCUGUGUCGUAUCCUGAAUAGUGAUACGAGUUUGAAUUUAAAUUACGUGUUUUACUUUGGUUUAAGCUCGGAGAGGCUAAGUGUGUUUCAUGGCGACUUGUAUUUCAAGUAACUAAGCACACAGGUGUAGCUGAAAAUAUUCAUUUAGAAUAAUUGACGUUUUUGAUUGAAGCACAGUAGACUUGUGUAGAAAUUUUUACUGUCCAAUCUCUAGGUUUUAAAAAUAUAACACGGUACGUUGAAAUGAUGAAAUACUGAUCGCUCAGAAAAUGCAAAAGUAAAGUUGAUCGUGAUUUCUUUUAAGCAGGAAGUGCGAAUUUGUAGAUGUCGAUUUGACUGCUAAUGAAUUAGAAGUAUUAUUAAAAUUGUGCUGCAUCUAACUUCAAACCUUUUUUUUUUUUUUCAAUUUUGCUUUAAGUAAACCAGUUCUCUUCGCUCGUAUUGUGUGAACUUAUUCAGCUGCAACGAUGAGAGGCAACACAAUUGUAAAAGAACAUUUGACUAAUUUGAGGAGGAAAACGCUUUCAAACGCAACUAAUCGACGACAAAUAGUUCGCAGUUCUAUGGCGCUUGGCGAUUGAUUUACAUCAGUGUCGAUACCACUGCCACGAUGAGAAUCAUCCCUAAGUUACAUAAUAUCAAAUUCAGUAUUUUUAUUCACUACGUCGCAGCAAUGGGUCACUUAUAGCUUAAGUUGACAGAUCACGCUUUUGUUGUAACAAAGUUAGUAAUUUCAAAUGAGCUGUCUUUCAAAACGUAUAUUUAUUACUCUCAUAAAUAUGGCAGACGUGACCUGCAAAAUAAACUUAAUAUAACCCAGCUUUAAGCGUGCCUACUUGUUGAACAAAUGCACAGAAUCACAGUAAAUUACCAGCUUGCUCUUUUUUCGCGCGUGGUCGUAUCCAAUUGUAUAUUUACAGAAAGAACCGGUACGUGCAUUGAGGCCGAGAACAUCUGAGCUAAUCAUGUACAAUGACCACCUUACUAUUUCGCCUUACACUACGAUUCGACAGCUGGCCACGUAAACGUUAAGAAUAGCGUUUUCUAUUUGGUCCCUUGCUAUUGGAUUCACAGGUGCAUCAGUAUUACUACUUUAGAAAUACCAAGUGAAAUUUCUCUCUUUCUGGGUGUGAUAUCUUGCGGUAUCGCCUGUUCAGUAAAACUUACCAUGCAUUUACAUAUUUUCAAAGCACUUUUCAGGAUAUAACAGUCAAGUUUUAAACGUCGGAGAUAUUGUUUUCUCCAAGCUUUUAUUUUGUAUGGCUAUCUUCGCUGGAGGAUAUAUAUUGGUUUUAAGUUUCGCCUAGCUAUAAAAUCUACCUGUGAUUAGACGUUCUGAACAUGUAAUAUAGAUAUUACCACCUUGGAAAUUCAUUAACAAUCAUUAUAUAUAACUAAAUACUUGUCGAUUGUUUAUGUGUUCGUAAAAGCGACUUUAAAUUUUUCCUUUGCUCUCGUUGAGUUUCGACAGUAUAAAUUUUUUUUUUUUAAUUCUCACGAUUUGGGUAAAAUUUACAAAAUGCUCCUAAAAUUUUAACCCCUGCAUACAAAAGCACAUGCGUCUGUUACAUGUUAAUAGAAUUUCUAUGAAUUGGAUCCUCUUUUGUCUUAUCCUUAGGAAAGAAUAUAUUCACAAUUGACUAAUUUUUAGGAUAUACACAGUAAUUUUGUUUUCCUGUAUACGUAUUUUCAUUAAACAAAAGGAAAUUGAGGACGGUCAUAAAAUUAUUAAAACUACUUGAUCAGUCAGAAGUUUCCCAACCUGCUAUCUCGAUCGCCACGCACUGAAAAAGGCGUAAAGAAGAAAUAUUGACCACACAUCACGUACUCAGAGAAACGCACCACGCAUGACGGAUCACGUAACGAUUGGUCUAUCCCACGUGAUUUUCGCAAUUUUGUUAACGUAUGUUGUGCUCGCGGUAAGUGUCGUGAUUGGAGAAAGUUCGAGGACUGCCUUUUAUUUCCGAUAUCCUAAUCGUCCUCAGUCUAAUAUAAAAAACUUCGUCUUUCACUAAGACCAAAGUUGUGCUACUAUAAAAGCGUGCAAUGAACGGGAAAUUUCAAAUCAAGGUUAAGCCCAGUUGAAAAGGAGUAAGGCGGAGACAACACAAGUUCUAGUUAUUCAGUGAUUGGAGGUUUGGUUGGAUCAAAUAAAAAGGAGAGAGAUUAACGAAAGACAAAUGUAAACCCAAUUCAAAGGAUUGCAAUGACACUGCGGAACAACAAGCCUUUUGUACGGUGAAAACCAAAUUAGAACCCACAUGCUGAAAAUAAUGAUAAAACAAAGUACGCGGAAACUGGAACAAACUUAACUGAUGGCGUCCUUUCAGGUUGACAACGUAAACACUUCAAGGAAUGCAAGUCAGCGGAUGAACAGUUCCAACGACACGGACUCGACAAACACGAAACUGUCGAUGGAACUCUUAACAGUGAUUCAAAUCACUUGCUAUUCUGUUAUUAUCGUCAUUGGUACCAUUGGAAACUUGAUGCUGAUCAUUAACUUGGCUCUCAAGCGCAGCCGCAAAACUAGCCAGUAUUUUAUUUUAAAUCUCGCAGCGGUCGAUCUGUUGACUUGCACGCUAAGUAUACCGUUUGACAUCACUCUACUCGUGCUAGGCGGUUGGCCGUUUGGUCGGGUGAUGUGCAGGCUCGUUUAUCCUUUACAAACAGUUUUUAUGGCCGUUUCUGUGUCAACAUUGCUGUGCAUGGCGUUGGAGCGCCACCGUGCUAUACUCUACCCGCUCAAGCCCAAGAUGACCGGCACAGUUAUAAAACUGGUAAUAUUUCUCGUUUGGGCAAUAAGUGGUGGAUUAGUAUCGCCGUAUGCUGUUGCGCUUAAGAUGAAAGACGGCGAGUGCGUGGAGAAUUGGCCUGGUAACGAUCCAAGGUACCCGGAAGCCUUCACUCUAUGCGUGUUCCUGAUUCUCUAUUUGAGCCCACUCUGCGUCAUCACAGCGGCCUACGCUCGUGUGGGGGUAAGACUUCGUGCCAACAGUCUCAAGGCGGAGCUACUUGUUGGAACUAGUAGAGAUAAGAACCGAUUGUCUAAGUCCCGUACGCGUCGAAAUAUUCGAAUUGUUAAGUUUUUUGUCUUGGCCGUGGUCGCUUUUGCCGUGUGUUUAUUGCCUUUCCAGGUCAUGUGGAUGUGGAGUGACUUCGGAAAUGGUCAGAAAUGGAAACAUUUCAACACAUUACUCACUUUCGCUAACGUAAUGGUUUAUGCCAAUAGCGCUGUCAACCCUUACAUAUUCGGCGCUCUUGGUCGCAGAUACAGUUCUUGCAGGUGCCUUCACCGGCCACGAAAGCAGACACCACGUCAUUUCAAACGUGGCACUUUUCCGUUUUGUGGCUUCUGCACGAAGACGAAGAAGAACUCUUCAGUAAACCGAAAUUUGGUUUCUCCUGCAGGCAGCACAUCAAACCGAAGUACAAGUCCAAUAGAGAAAGGAAACCGCCAUAGAGAAAAACAAGUUAACAUUCAGUUAGAAUCAAUGGUUUAAAGUCUGAGGGACAAAACGAAAUUACUUUCCACGUUCACAAGAGGUUGAUCUGCAUGAAGUAGAUAGAGACACUGAUGGCGGUAAGAAAACUCGAGCCAUCGGCGAGUUUUUCCUCAGUUUUAAACUGAUCUCAGUUAACUAGCGUGUCUUGUGACCCAGAUAGUACAAUACAAGACUCUCUUCUUUGUCAGUCUUAUGCUAGGACUCGAUUUUAUGAGGCGCAAACAAUUAUACAUUCCAUGUUUUAUCUCAGGGUGCGUUCCUUUGGGGUGAUCUGGGUCAGGAUCAGUGAUCCGAGAUCACUCAGAUCAUGGUACAUCAAAGGAACCGAUGAAUCAGUGACCAGAGAGGAUUCUUCGAUUCCUUUGAUGCCCCAUGAUCUGAGUGAUCUGAUCCAGAUCACCCCAAAGGCACGCACCCAUUGAUAAGAUGAUGUGAUACUCUGAUAAACAAAUUUUCACCCAAUCAGAGAACGCACACAGUAGAUAUAUUUACCAAUCAAACGAAAGACCAGAGAUUCGUACUAAACAGUCUAAACUCUUAAUUUAUUAAUUACAAAUUAAUGUUGUCACUAGAAAGGCGUAAACUGAUUAAUAGACCUCUUUGACUGAGAAAAAAAACGUUUUUUUUUAUGCAGAACGUUUGUAAUAAGAUUCAUAACACGUUGACAAGUUAUCUAACUCACGACCACCUUUCCCAACUUAUACCCGCUGCACUGUGGAGGCGCGAUGGCCUUAUGGUUAGUGUACUCGCCUCCCGAUCGAGCGAUCCGGAUUCGAGCCUUGGUCAGGGACAUCGCGUUGUGUUCUUAGGCAAGACACUUUAUUCCCACAGUGGCUCUCUCAACCCAGGGGU